AUGUCAACACAACACGACCACAUUCAGGACUCGAAUAGUUCCAAAUUCGAGACCGAACACCCCGAUAAGGACGCUUCGAGCCAGGGUAAUCCUGAGCCCGAGGAGAAAGGCCAUGUCUCUGCUGCCGAUAUCCUGAGCGGCAAUGCUACUCACGAGCUCACUCAUUUCGAGGCCAAGGCCGCCCUUAUUAACGCUGAAAUCGACAAGUUCGGAUUUGGCAAGUAUCAGAAAUGUAUCUGGCUGCUCUGCGGCUUCGGUUACUUCCUCGACUUGGCCUGGGCACAAGGUGUGGGUCUCAUGGCAACAGCCGUGUUCCAGGAAAUGGGUGUUCCUGCUGACAAGCAAGGUCUAAUUUUCACCUGCUCCAACGCCGGUCUUGCUAUCGGUGCCUUCUCCAUUGGCAUCAUCACAGAUAUAAUCGGCCGUAAAUGGGCCUUCGAGCUUACAUGUCUCAUCACCUCGAUCUUCGGCAUGCUCCUGGCGGUGAGCAAAUUCAACUACGGGGCGAUUUGUGGCAUCUAUUUCCUCUCGUGUAUUGGCCUCGGCGGCAACAUCCCCAUCGAUGCGACAAUUGCCCUUGAGUUUCUGCCCCAGAAUCGUCGAUACCUUGUGUCCUUACUGGGCAUGUGGCAGCCAAUCGGCGUGACGAUUGCCUCCGCCAUCGCUUAUGGCACCGCUGCCAGAUAUCGCUGCAGCGUCAAACUCCCUGCUUGCAAUAAUGUCGAAGCUGGAGAAGCCUGUUGCACUGUCUCGAGCAACAUGGGCUGGAGAUAUAUGGUCAUUAUCAUUGGUUGCAUGACUCUCGCCAUCUUCUUCGCUCGUUAUGCCCUAUUCCCCUUCUACGAGUCGCCUAAGUGGCUCCUAAGCAAACGUCGCGAGCAGGAUGCCAUCGAUGUUCUCCGCAAGAUCGCUAAAUUCAAUGGCGCUGAGGAUCCCACGCUCACGGUCGAACAUUUUCGCGAAGUUGACCUUCGCUACGACGUUGAAAACACUGAACAGGCCGGAAGCAGGGACGCGAAGACUUAUAUCUUGAACAUGUUUAAGAGCCUGGAUUUCCUGAAAGAUCUCUUUACGAAGAAGCUGGAGUGUUUUAGUUUCAUUCUUCUUGCACUAGGUUACAUGGGCAAUUACUGGUCGUUUAACUUGGCUGGCUAUUUCUUGCCCAUUGUUCUCCUUAGUAACAAUGUGGACAGUGGAGCUGACAAUGUCUCCGACACUUACAGGGAAUACGUCUACAUCUACCUCCCCGGCGUGAUCGGAGCUAUUGUUGCUCUUCUUUCAGUGCAAAUGCCCCUCUUGGGCCGCAAGUGGUCGCUCGUCAUUUCGGCCGCACUACAGGGUCUCUCCAUGGCCAUGUAUACGCAAGUUAAAAAUACUGCCGGAUAUGUAGGCCUCAAUGCUCUCGAAUACAUCAUGCAAAGUUAUUUCAACGCGGUUCUGUACGCCUCAGCGCCUGAGAUGUUCGAUACAGCCUACCGCGCCAGCGCAAGUGGCAUGUUGUCCAGUCUGGGCCGUGUUGCUGGUAUCGUGGCUCCCUUUGCCGGUCAGAAGUACAUCGCCCAGGGCCGGGCCGGUGUCCUCUGGCUCGGAGCCGGGGGAAUUUGGCUGGCGGCUUUCUUUCUGUGUUUCCUUCCAAUUGAGAUGAGGAACCGACAGAUGUACUGA